AUGAUUGGGGCUCUGCGUGCCGCGACCCGUGUGGCCCGUGUGGCCAAGCAGACCCGGCAGUUCUCGGGCAAGGUCAACAUUGAGGAGGAAAUCAAGGAAAUGAACAAGUGGAAGAUCAUCACCUACGUCGCCAUCCCCGUGUGCAUCGCCAAGGGUGCUUACGACCUGUCCCACCCCGCCCACCACGACGCUGAGAAGCCCGACUACCCGUUCCUCCACAUCCGGAACAAGGAGUUUCCAUGGGGCCCUGAUGGCCUGUUCGAGGUCAAGCACGAGCAUUAG